AUGGCGGAGACCGCUCCUGUGCACGAGGGUUACCUAACCAAGCUUGGUUUUAACAGUGGGAAAUGGCAGCAACGCUAUUUUGUCCUCAAAGGUCAAGCCCUGGCGUACUUGGCCAAGCCGGGCGGUACCGAAAAGGGCUGCAUCCCCUUGAGUGCCAGUGCCGUCCUCAACACCUUCAACUAUGGGGGUAAUAUCCAAGCCUCGGGCGUCGCCUCUGGUACCCGAGUCAAGCCCUUUCCCCCAGGACAUGGCCUCGAGAUUGUGGCGCCCUUCAAGGGCCAUCCACGCGCCUACUAUCUAUUCGCCACCACCAAGGCGGAGCGGGACGCCUGGAUGGCCGCCCUUGUGGCUGCGGUGGAAGCCUCGGCUUCAGCCGAUCCCCAUCCAGAGGCGGUUGCUCCCGCUGCAGCCUCGGCCUCGCCCGUCAAUGACCUCGCCCCAUCUGAGGAAGACGUGCAAGAAGCACCAGUCUCAUCUGCAGCUGAGAACGUAGCCGACGCAGCAAUGGAGAACAUCCCCGACGAAGAGGCAAGCGCACAAGAUCACAAACAACUCUCCGAAGAGCAGGCGGAGACAAGUGAGCCAUCUCCCCAUGACACAGAUCCGGCAUCUGGUGUUGUGGCCGACCCCGCCGUGGACGCCGAUAACGAUGCAGUAGCAUCUCAGAACCAAACAGAGCCCGAUGAGGCGCCAGCUGAAACAGGGCGCGCCAUGCUCGGCGUGAACGCAGACUUUAUUCACCAGCUUUCAGCUCUUCUCCAAAAAGAAUUUGGAGACGAGUAUACCAAAAUGACAACCACCGAAAUCUGCGUGCGCUACGUCAUGCCGCUCACCAAGGAGCGCCAAUGUGCUUGGGUUGACCUUCUGGUGGAGGACCCAAGCCAUGCGCAGCAUUUUGCCCCUGCCACUGUCUUCGUCUCCCACGCUUGGAAAUACACCUUUCAAACCACCCUGGACACCAUCUUGCACCACGAACAAUUCGAAGCCCCCGGCGCCUACUAUUGGCUCGACCUCAUCCCCAACAAUCAGCACAAGGCCGUGGAUCUACCCUACGAAUGGUGGUCCAAUACAUUUCAGAAGAACAUCAAAGCCAUGGGCCGCGUGCUGCUGGUCAUGAGCCCCUGGCGCGAUCCCAUCCCCAUGACUCGCGCCUGGUGCCUCUUUGAGAUGAUGAAUGCCCUCAACGCCAAGGUCAUUCUGGACAUUCGUCUCCAUCAGUCGCAAAUCAAAGACUUUCUCGAUGCCCUUGGAGAGGACGCCGACGUUGUUAUGGACAUGCUCGUCCGGGUGCAUGCUCAAAAGGCUGAAGCGUUCAAGCUCAGCGAUCGUGACAUGAUUUUCAAAACCAUUGAGAACACGCUUGGCUUCACCGAGCUCAACGCCCGCAUCAAGGACCAGCUCCGGGGCUGGUGUCUCGAGCAGGCCCGCGUCGCCGCCAAGGACAUGGAUAACACGACCGACAUUGAGCCCAUGUCUCGUGCAGCUUUCUUCCUAUCGGUUGGCUUUGCUCUUGCCGCUUUUGGCGAGUACGACGAUGCCAUCGCCUACUACGGCAAAGCUUUGCCCACGUACGUUGAAGAACUAGGGGCAGACGCCGACAAGGUCGCUGACAUUUACAACCACACGGGUCUGGCUCACAAAGCCCUCACUCACUACGACGAAGCGAUGCGACUGUACAACGAUGCCCUUCGCAUCAAAGUGGCCCUCCACGGCGAGGACCACCCCCAAACCGCUGCUCUGUACAGCAACCUAGCCUCCGUCUACGAAGCCUUGGACGACUAUGCCCAAGCCGCCCACGCGGCACAGCGCGUGCUAGACAUCAUGCUCUCCGACGCCAACGAGGACCGUGGCGCCGUUGCCGUCGCUCACAACAAUCUGGGCAUGAUUCUCAAAACGCAAGGCCGACUGGACGAGGCCUUUCAGCAUAUGAAACAAGCCCUGGACAUCUCGCUCGUUGAGGUCGGCGAGCUGCAUCCUUCGACAGCAACCUCCUACAACAACCUUGGCCUCAUUACUAGCCAGCAGGGCAAGUACGCACAGGCCGUCGAAUUUUAUAAGCACGCACUGGACGUGCGUGUGGCAACACUGGGCGAGCAGCACGCCGAAACGGCCGGUAUCCUCAACAACCUCGCCAACACGUACAAGAUCAUGGGCAACUUUGGCGAAGCCAUCAAGUACUUUGACCGCGCGCGCAACAGCCUCAAGGCCAUUCUCGAGCCCAACCACCCCUUUCCAGCCAUCACGGCCAGCAACACGGCAGGCCUUCUCCAAAUGCUGGGCCGCUACGACGAGGCUCUGGAUCUUUACAACUUUGCACUCGACACCUGGUUGGCCACCCUGGGCGAAGAGCACGCCUACACGGCCACCACGUAUAACAAUAUGGGCUCCGUUUACGAUGCCACUGGCCGCUACGAGGAUGCGCUUGACCUCUACCACAAGGCCUUGAAGAUUCGCCUAGCCGUCUUUGGCGAACAUCACCAUCAAACGGGCGUCGUCUACAACAACAUGGCCUGCGCCUGUUCGGCUCUGGGUCGCUUUGAUGAGGCCCUUGAACUGUAUGACAAGGACCUCGCCAUCCAGCUGGCCACUCUGGGUCCUGAACACCCGGACACGGCCACUUGCUAUAACAACAUGGGUGGCGCCCAUAAAGGCUUGGAAAACUGGGACAAGGCUGCCGAGCUGUUUGCUAAAUCCCUCGCUAUUCUUGAGCCCACUUUGGGUCCGCAACACCCUAAUACGCUGGGCACCUACGAUAGCAUGUCGCAAGUGUGCGAAAAGUUGGGUGAUCCGGAGCAAGCCGCUCUCUAUCGUGCUAGAGCCCAGGGCCAGUCAUCCCCGCCAACAAACCCACCCUCGGCUCCUGCUGCCAGCGACUAA